AUUCAACUGCCAACAACAACCAAAGACCAACCAACCCAUCUUGUAAUACCAAAAGAGCACAUCAUCCUCGCCCUUCGACAACUCUGUUCUACUACACUUAAAUCUUUACGUGUUUUUUUCACUCACCCUUAAUCAGUCACAAUGGUUCAGCUUACAGAGGUCGUCGACGAGGAAUUCCUCAGGACCCAGCCUGGCCACGACGACGAGGACGAUGACUUCACAGAUACCGACUCGGAAAUCUCAACAGACUCCGACUACGACGUAUCUGGCGAGACGCUGGCUGACCGCAUCUACGCGCUGCGCGACAUUGUGCCGCCGACGACGCGCGGCUGGAUCCACGGCAAGUGGAUGGGCGCGACCAACAUCUUCCGCACCACGGCCGCCUUCCUGGGCCGGAGCGCCUGGCACAUCUCGGUCAGCGCCAUGCUCUUCGGUAUCCCCUUUGCCCUGCUGUGGAGCGAGGAGCAGGGCAUGAUCGCCAUGGAGCAGGAGCAGCGCAUGCGCGAGCAGGGCGGCGAGCUCCUCACCGCCGGUGCUGCCGGUGGUGGCGAUAUCAACUCGCUCGACCAGCUCGAGUCUGCCCUCGGUGGUGGCGUUGGUAGCGUUUCUGCCAAGCCUUCCUUGUAAAAAAAAAAGUAAUAAAAAGGAAGAUGAAAAAAGAGAAAUGGGGUGGAAAAGGAGAUGGGUUGAUUGUUGGUGUUUGAGAGAAAGGGGUUUGGCUGAAAGGACGGAAGAUGUUCGUCGCCUGACAAUUUCCUGGCUCGUUGAUGCUAGGGGACGUUUGUGCAACCAAGGCAACAGUCCUUACCUAGGGGAUUCCAAAGCUGCAUAAGACCAAGGCGCACGGUUUGAGGGCAUAAUGUCCAAAACGAAAAUCGCAAUCAUCGCAAAACCGCGAAUGCGAAAUGUUUCGAAUCCAUCCUCGCGCGGGUCGAUAUCGACAGUUUCUAUGCCCCGUCGGGACUAUAGCCACACACAACGCGGGCCUGCACUUGGGUUAACUCCGGCAAAUGGCACAAUGUUCUCGAUGAGGGAGUACAUUGUCCGAACCCAAAACUUUUCUAUUUUUGUUUUUAAUACAGGAAACGAAACACCUUCCUGUUGUAUUGCCUGUACGAUAUUCAUUCUGUACCAUAAUAACGUUAGCAUUUCCCCUUCACGAAUAUAGACCUGUGCUGCCUGUUACCAUCUUGUCGAUAUUUCCACGAAUUGCAGGUAUGUUGGAAGCCUCAUUCGUUACGGGCACGCUCAUACAGCAGUGUUAGGAUAGUCGUUGAAUAAAGUUGAUUACAAAA